AUGGAUUAUAUUAAUUUAUAUAAUCUAAGUUUCGACGUUAAACAUCAGACUAUUUCGAUUGAGUAUAGAAAACGUUUAUUAACAAUGAAUAUUGAACCGGACUAUAAGUUAAAAAGAAUAUCAGUUAUUUCAUCUAAAUCAUUAUAUAUUCCUCCUAAAUCUACUCGAUCAUCAAAAGUUAAUAUACCUAUUUCGACUCUAGAUUCUUAUUUAGUUCCUAACCAAUAUUUGCAUCGUAAUAAGAUAUGUUUUGAUACACAUACACUUGUAAACUUUCGUAAUUAUUGCUCAUCGAUUACGUUCUCUAACACGUCAUCGUUUCCUCGACACAUUAGAAAAGGAUAUUGUAUAGGUUUUCUUUCAUGUCGUUCAUUACCUCAAUCUUUGUCUGUUCUAUCUACAUCUGUACUUAAAUCAUUGGACGUCACCAGAUUUCCUGGUAAGACGACAGUUUCUUCGGAUUCAAAUACAGAUGGUGUUACUCAUUUUUCCUUACAUCAACCUUUCGUGUCGCAAAAAUUAAAUCGAACUAAUCGGAUAUUUUUUAAUAGAAUAUCACCUUGUAACGCUAUACAAACAUGUAAUGCGUCACUCAAUAGUAAUGUUGAGGCCUUAGUUAAAACGAUCGAAAAUGAAAAAUAUCGAAAUAAUUUAAGAACAUUAUUAGUUCGAUUCUCAGCUACUUUUGACAUUAGCAAACAUAAUAUAGCUAAAACAUCAAUUCAUCAUGUAAUUAAUACUGUCCCUCACUCGCCACCAGCUUGUAAACCUUAUCCUCAACCAGAUAAGGAACAAGCUAUGUAUCAGUUAAUGCAAGAAUUUCUUCAAGCGGGAUUGAUUACUGAAUCACAUUCGCCUUAUGCUGCACCCGCAAUACUGAUAAAAAAGAAGGAUAGCUCAUAUAGAUUUGUCGUCGAUUAUAAGAAAUUGAAUUUGAUAACUAUCAAAGAUUCGUCUCCUUUACCAAACAUGGAGGAUACGAUUCGUAAAUUAGGUCACGGGUAUAGUUGCUUUUCAAAGCUUGACCUUAAGUCAGGUUUUUAUCAAAUACCGAUAAAUAAUGCAGAUAAGGAGAAGACAGCUUUUGUCACUCCCUUCGGUCUAUAUCAGUUUAAUGUUCUACCUAUGGGACUUAAGAACUCACCACCCACUUUUCAGAAGGUAAUGACUGAUACAUUAAAAAACUGUCGUAACUAUUCUUUAGUAUAUCUCGACGAUAUCAUUAUUUUUUCUAAGUCGUUCGAACAACAUCUAUACCAUCUCGAAUGUGUACUAUCUGCUCUAAAAGAAAAGAAUCUAGUUCUUAAUCCCCCAAAAUGUGUAUUCGCGACUAAUAAGAUUGAUUAUUUAGGACAUACAGUCAGUAAACAAUAUAUAACACCAAUGAAAGAAAAAAUCGAAGCGAUUAUUCAGCUAAAAGAACCGCAUACUCUCUCUCAAGCGAAUAAAUUCAUCGGGGCUCUUAGCUGGUAUCGGAAAUUCAUUCCACAUUUCGCGACUGUUGCCGCACCAAUACAUUCGGUAACUAAUUUAACAAAAGAUAAUCGUCAUAAGUUUAAGUGGAAAUACGCUCAAUCGAAAGCUUUUCACGAAUUAAAACAAAUGCUAGUUCGUGAACCUCUAUUUCUUCAUUAUCCGAUAGACGAUAUUCCAUUGAUACUAACUACUGAUGCUAGUGGAAUUGGAAUCGGUGGAGUUUUACAGCAAGAAGUAGAAGGCGAGAUGCAUAAUUUGUAUUAUCAUUCUCAAUUAAUGACUAUUUGCGAACGUAAAUACAGUACAAUAGAAAAGGAAGCGUUAGCUAUUUACAAAUGUUUCACUAGAAUGCGAACUUUUCUAUUAGGUCGUAAUAUUGUUCUUAAAACAGAUCACUGUCCGUUGUGUCAUAUAAUGGAGAAGACUGUUCGAAAUGCUAGGGUCGAUCGAAUAACACAUUUACUUCAGGAGUAUAAUAUUGAUAAAGUAGUCCAUAUAAAAGGACGUGAGAAUUGUCUUCCGGACUUUCUCUCAAGAUACUCGAAUGAAAUGAAUGACGAUCUUUUCGAGAUCGAUUACGGAUUAGAAAAUAAAUGUAAUCUCAACGAAUCUGAAUUAUUAUCACCACAAAUUUCUCAAAGUUCAUCUUCAUCUUAUAAUAAGAAAGAUAAAAACUUACUAGCAACUAUGGUGUUAAGAUCUCGUUUUAAACAGCAUAAAUCCCAUACGACUACUGACACAUCGAAUAAUGAAGUAACAAAUCACGAUGAAGAAGAUAAUCAAUCACAGCAAAUGCCUAGAGUCAAUAAGUCAUUCGUACGUAAAUUUUCACAUAAUGAAUUUGAUUUAACUAAUCUAAAACAAGAACAAGAGAAUGAUUCUAGUAUACAAAAUGUUGUGAAAGAACUUCAUAAUCGUCGAGAUACUAUACCAUUCGUGAUAAAGAAUAACAUCGUUUAUAGGCUCAUAACGACAUCACGUCAUUCUAAAAGAAAAAUAGAAGUAGUUUAUUUACCGGCGUCAAUGGAAAAAUCGUUAAUUCAAGCAUGCCAUGAUGACCCGAUGACAGGAGCUCAUUUUUCUUUUGAACGUACCUAUAAUAAAAUAAAAUAUUAUUACUGGUGGCCCCGUAUGAAAGCAACCAUUAAGCAGUACAUCAGAUCGUGUCUCUUGUGUAAACAAUUUAAUAUUAGUCGUCAUAAGAACGUCGGUCAUUUACGUCCCAUCACUCCACCUGAAGGACCUUUUCUUUUAAUUGGGAUAGACUAUUGUGGACCUUUAAAACGAACACCGCGUGAAAAUCAGUAUGUGUUAGUUAUUACUGAUUAUUUCACCCGUCAUAUCACUGCUAUAGCACUACCUAAUUGUACCGCUGAAACUACUGCUCAAACUCUGUUUAAUGAAUAUUUCUGUAAAUACGGAGUACCUACUGUGAUAUUAAGUGAUCAGGGAUCACAUUUUCGUAAUCAGCUGAUGGAGAAUAUUAAGUAUCUCAUCGGCUAUAAUCAUAUCUAUAGUACUCAGUAUCAUCCUCAAACUAAUGGUAUGGUUGAAAGGUUCAACGCUACCUUUAUUCCUCAGAUAUCUAAAUUACAAGAUACUGAGGAUAACAAUUGGGAUGAAUACCUACAGGCUGUUGUUUUUGCCUACAACACUGGGAUUCAUAAAACAACGAAAUAUUCACCAUAUGAGUUACUUUAUGGUCGUUUGCCUCGUUUACCUUUUAAUGCACGACCAACGUACUAUUCAUUUGCUAAACCAAAUGAUUAUUUUGAGCAGUUAAGAAAAACCUUGCGCAUUUACCACCAGGCUGCAAGACAUCAUAUGAUCCUUCAAAACGAAAAUAACAUCAAUCGAUAUAAUCGUAAUCGUUUUGAUCCGAAAUACAAAGUCGGUGAUAAGGUAUUAAUAAGAAUUCAUGGUAAUAGAGGAAAAUUAGAACCUAAAUUUUCACCAAUACCGAAGGUGAUUACACAAGUGCAUCAUCCGAUAUAUGAGAUACAAGAUGAGGAAAGUCAUAUAUCGUCGAAUGUACAUGUUGCGGACGUACGUCCUAUUCUAAUCGAUCAAUACUUAUAA